AUGGCAGAGCCGCAGACGAGCAAUGAGAAUCACCAACUUUUCAUACUGGUUUCAGACCCACAAAAACAGAGGGAUGAGCAAGGUAAGUCGUCAUUUUACGUGACUUACCAGAUCUCCACAAAGACCAGUGACAAGUCAUAUUACGAUGCAUACCACAGACAAGAAAAUCGAUCUACAGACAAGAGUGAUGGCUCUUCAUUGGAGAUUAUCGUCGUUCACAGGCGGUACAGCGAUUUCUUGCUGCUGCAAAGUAUACUGAGCCAAGACAAUCCAACAUGUGUAAUUCCUCCUCUGCCAGACAAAAAAGUGUUCCAAUACAUUGCUGGUGACCGAUUCAGUCAGACUUUCACACAGAAGAGGUGCCAUAGUCUACAGAACUUUUUGAGACGAAUUUCGGAGCACCCCGUUUUGUCAAAGUCCCAAGUUCUGAUGACCUUUCUUACGAGCGGGGAUUGGGAUGCAUACCGUCGAAGUCUCUCGGGGUCCCUCAACGGCGGCAAAGAAGAGGUAAGCGACACUUUUAUGAAUGCGUUUAAAUCUGUGCACAACCAAACAGAAGAGUUUGUGGAAAUCAAGGAAAAGAGCGAUAAACUUGACCACAAUGUUUCGAAGAUUGAUAAGGUGUUCCACCGGGUAGUUAAGCGCCAGGAUUCUAUUUCAGAAGACUACCUCAAGUUCAGCGCCCAUCUUCAGGACUUGCAAGAGCUUGUAUCCAAUAACUCUGCCGAAGACGAGGCGUUAAGGUCCAAAGUCAAGCUUUUUAAUGAAGGCGUCUCUCAACUGUCAUACGGACUCAAAGAUUUGAGCAAGUUUUUGGAAUACGAGUAUAUCGUUGAUUUGAAGGAUUUGGAGCAUUACAUCGACAGUGUCAAUCAAACUGUCAAAAUAAAAGAUCAAAAACAAAUCGACUAUGAAGAACUUAGCAAUUAUCUCACGAGGUCUAUUAACGAAAAGAACAAUCUUAUUUCUGGUUACGGGGGUGGGAAUUUUUUCACUAGCAAGCUAGAAGAACUGGCUGGUAUCAAUCAGGAAGCAGCCAGACGCGAGAAAAUAUCUAAACUCGAAGCUAAGGUCACGUCCUUAACCGGUGAAGUCGACAAUGCCAAAGAGGUGGCAGAUGCAUUUGAACGAGCAGUUCUUAAGGAGGUGUCAAUAUUUGAAGAAAUUAAAACGAAGGAGUUGAAGAGUUCGCUGGCUUCGCUGGCCGACAACCAAAUUGAGUUCUACAAGAAAAUGGUUGACACAUGGACAAGAGUGGAAGAAGGUCUAUGA